AUGGCCGACAAUUGCAUCACGUGUGAAAGACCUGUUACAUCGCGGCAACGAGGAAUUCAAUGCGACGUUUGCUCAAAGUGGAACCACGGGACUUGUAUCACUGGUAAGUUACCUUUCAUACUUCAUUUACAUUCAGUUUGUAAAACUCCGUUUGAUCUUUGAGGAGAUGUCAGGUAUUUUGCUGCAAGAAAUCGUUCCGUAGCUUACUUUUUUUCUUCAUAGGAAUUUCUCAACAAGAUUAUCGAGCCGCUGUACGCACAGCUACCGGGAUAGAUUGGGUUUGCAUAGCCUGUCAGUUUUUUUGUCCAGUGGCCGAGAGUUACAGAAUAUCUAUGACUAA